AUGGCACCAAUGACCGUAUCACACAACACCACCCUCCCUCUCGCCGCCUCCAACGGCACAAUCAUCCUCAUCCAGGGUGUAGAUAGCCCAUGGGAUAUGGACUUGAACACGUUAAUUACCAUCGUGUUUGGUGUCAUAGGCAUCGCCUUUCAAGCAGGCCACGUGUAUUACAGGCGAACACAAAAGACCGAAAUUAUCAAAGUGCCUUAUGAGGACGUUGAGAACAGUGAAGAGCACCUGGCACACAGGCAGGGAUCCUUGUCCGGCCCUUGGCUCCCCUCAUAUUAUUGGGAUGAGCCCCAAGACUAUGAGAGUGCGAAACCAGGGCUGGGACGACCUGCUUCGGCAACGCAAAACCGCGGUGUGGCUCUUCGACAGGCUGUCCACAACGACAACGGCAUGCAGAUGGGCACGAGAAAUCUUCCUGAAGGGCACGUGUACCGAAGGAACCCCUGGCGGAGCAAUGAGUGGGCAAGUGGCACGAACCCAUGGCCUGCGCCAACUGGGCCAGCCCUUCAGCGGCAAUACACCCAGCGCGGUCAGCGAGGUUUUGUCUGA